AUGAAUGGCUUGGACGGGGACAUAGAAAACAUAAACCUGGAUCGAAGGGCUUUGAUCAAGUCAGCAGAUGAACAAACACAGCAAUACUCAGUAUUGAGCAUUUCACCCUCCAAUGAUUCGUCGAUGGAAGUUGACGUCGAGGGUGCAUGGAUCGCGCGCCAAGGUCCGGGUGGUGCGAAUGCCGCUAGCCCUUUCGAUACGCAAGCUCCAGAGCGACUUCCGCGCCAGUUCAACGAUUCACUAUCGCGAAGCAUCCGCCAACAUCGCAAUCGAACCGCCCCAUACCACAACCGUGUUUCUGAUCAUCGGCACGGCAACUGUUCCUCACCGCGCAAGCCCAUCCCGUCGCAACAGAAGGAAGAUUCUCCGAAGACGUUGGAAGAAAAGGCACGCGCAGUCUUGGUCGCAAACAUGGCGGACGCAGACUUCAAGGAAGAGCGUGAGGAUAGGCGCGAGGACCGACGUGAUGACAGGCGCGACCGUGGAAACUAUCGAGGAAACAACAAGCGCCGCCGUGAUGCUAGUCUGGAAGGCUUCAUUGCUUCGAUCGCUAUCAUGGCUCCAAAUCUGAACCUUCAAUCUGUCUUCAUCAUUCUGCUUUGGGGUCUGGGUACUUACAUAUUUCUACGAUACUUACACCUUCGCCCAGAUGACAACGACAACCACUACCGCGGCGACGACCGACGCGGACCCCAGCGCCGCCGCAAUGACGAUGGACCUCCACGUCGCCGAUACGAAGAGCCGCCGUUCCCCAAGCUGCGAAGACUGCUAUUGAACAUUGCCAGCUCCACCAAGCUACCCCAGGACGAGGCUAUCGAGAUCGCAAAGUUCUUCGGAGAGCACUUCGACGAUGAGCGUCUCCGCUCUGACUUCUUUGAUGUCUUGGUACAGCUUAUCAUUGAGCAACCCUUCAAGAUUCCGUUCGUCGCAGCCGUCGCCUACUACGCCAACGAUGUCAAGCCAGAAAUCACCAUUGAGGCCAUGAAGCGUGUCGGAGACCGGGCACAGGAGGCGCUGAAUGCUGGCGAGUGGAAGGAAUUCAAGUUGCUUCUGAGAUUCUUCGCAUGCCUGCAGUCACUCUACGAGGAAGAUGGUGUCUUCACCUUCCUUGGACAACUCUUCGACACAGUUGUUGACCUUCAGAGUGCCAAUGAGAACGACGUUGUCGGAAUCGAACUCGUCAAGAUCAUUCUUCUUACUAUUCCUUACGCUAUCGUCGCUGGAGGAGAGCGUUUCCAUGAGCAAGCGCAACAACUGCUGAAGAACACUGGAAUAGUAGCGAGCAAUGCGGUUCCCAUCGAGAGCCUCAUUCACUCCUACGUCGGCGAUUUCGAGUCGAAGCCGGUAGACCACCACAGCGUUAUUGGCCUUCUUCAAGCACAGCUGUCAGUUGAGGCUGAGUCUGGGUUUGAACUGAGGUGCAUUCCACGCAUCGACAAGGAUGCUCUGCGUAGAAUGAACACGGAGGAAGACGCUUUGCCCACGGCUCCUCAGACUCACGCCUUCCCGACUUUCACUAUUCCAUCCCCUGUCAACCCUGGCCCACGCCCUGUCUUCCCGGAGGCGUACUUCUCCUUGUUCGCUGACCAGGAAGUCGACACCGUACCCAAGACCACGGACAUUGCGUCGUCGCUCGUUCGAGAUGCCAUCGUUGACACGAUCAACCAGCUCGACUUCAACCGUGAAAUGGUCGCCAAGUUCCUUGUAGAUGUCGAUUGCUACUGGUCUGUCGACAUCUUUGCCAAGCGCGGCUCACCCUUUGACAAGUUCCGUGAGCUGGUUGGCGACAAGAUUCAGUACAAGUCGGAGGAUAUGAUCAUCGAUGCUAUCUUCUCGCAACUGUUCAAGUUGCCCAGCGCGGAACACAAGCUUGUCUACUACCAUGCGCUCAUUACCCAGUGCUGCAAGGUUGCGCCCGCUGCUAUCGCCCCCUCUCUCGGACGUGCUAUCCGUACUAUCUACAAGAACCUUCCCAUGAUGGAUCUGGAGCUAGGCUACCGAUUCCUUGACUGGUUCUCCCACCAUCUCAGCAACUUUGAAUUCCGAUGGAGGUGGACCGAAUGGCUCGAGGAUCUUGAGCUCUCAAACCUGCACCCCAAGAAGGCCUUCAUCCUUGCGACCUUGGACAAGGAGAUACGAUUGUCCUUUGCCAAGCGCAUUCGAUCAACGCUCCCAGAGCCAAUGCACUCGUUGAUUCCCGAGCGACUGGAUGCGGACAACAGUCCUGACUUCAAAUACGACAACCAGCAAACCCCCUAUGCUACUGAAGGCCAGACGCUACUCAGUCAACUGAGGAAGAAGGCUACGGCCGAGGAGAUUCAAGUUACCAUUGACACAAUUCAUGAGAAGGCUCUCGAACAAGGUGUUAGCGAAGUUCUCGUACCUUCGACUGAUGCCUUUGUCACCGCCAUCUGCCGACUAGGAGCGAAGUCACUAUCUCAUGUUCUAUCUUGCAUUGAACGCGGCAAGGACCGACUUCUCGAGCUUUCGCAAAACGAGGUCGCGCGUCGUCAGAUCGUGGCGAGCGUCGUUGAAUACUGGAAAGACCAGCCUGGUGUUGCGGUCCGCAUCAUCGAUAUUCUGCUCAACUAUACUAUUCUCGCGCCAAUGACUGUCGUUCAGUGGGUGUUCGGUAGCCAUAUGGGAGCUGGGGAAGCCUUGACGGAGAGUUGGGUGUUUGAAAUGGUCAGCAACACAGUUGCCAAGGUUACCAACCGCAACCGUCAGAUCGCGUCUGCCCGCCUUCAAAAGGGUCUUCCUCAGGAACAGAUCGAGAUGGUUGAAGCCACGCUUGCCAAGGACCGUGACAACGCCCGCGAGCUGUUCAAGUACAUCGAAGACUCUAUGCGUGGCGUUGCUGAGGGCUCCGCCGAUACUCUGGUCGAAAAGUCAUCCGAUGGCACGCUUACCGAAGAGGAGGUUGAGCUCAUCAAGGCCUGGGGAAAGCGCUGGCACACUGUCUUCAUCCGCAAGGCACAGGUCGAAGAGUCUGUUGUUGGCGAAGAAGCGGUUGAGGCCCGCAUCAGGCUUCUCGCUGCUGAGCCCGAUAUCGUUGCUGAGAGCAUGGAGCAAGAUGGCGAGGGUGUUGCAGAGGCUACCAACGGAGAGGCGCAGAUGUCUCUUGCCUAG